AUUUAUUAGGAAGAUUCAUAUACCCAAAAAAAGAAACGCGUCAGCUGCACCAAACACGGGUCGAUCAUCGUUUAUAUUUUCCUUUUCUUCUUCUUCUUCCUCUGCUCUACAAAAAAGACGACUCAUCACGACUGUAACAGAAAACUCGCUGGAGAAGCCACCAUGUGCGCAGAUGACUGCCGUCCUCUCGGUUUCCUCUUAGGUCUCCCUUUCGCCUUCUUAUCUCUCCUUCUCUCCAUCGUCGGUGUCAUCAUCUGGAUCGUCGGAUUGUUGCUGUCGUGCAUAUGUCCGUGUUGCUUAUGCGUGACGAUACUGGUGGAGAUGGCGUUAGGGUUGAUCAAAGCCCCAAUUCAUGUUAUGGAGUGGUUCACUUCCACCAUACCUUGUUGAUCUUCUUCUUCUUCUUUCAUGUACAUGAAUAAUCAAUCUUGUUAUUGCAUUUUCUUUAUUGUAUUUGUUUUUGUUUGAGAAUAAGUAACAACAACAUGGUAUUGCAGCUAUAUUCAUGAUAGUUCAAUAUUUAUCUUAACGUCAUUGAGAAUC